UCUCCUCUCUCCGCGCCCUUCAGCGCCUGCGAAGAACACCAUUUUCGCAAUCCCAAAUCCGCUGCAGCCCACAAACGCAGAGAGCCAGAGAGCCCUCCUCACCACCCAACCGGCUUCGGGCGUGGGUCGGUCGGGGAAGGAGAGCCCAGUUAUUCCUCAUACCGUACGGCAGUAGCAGCAGCAGCGGCAGCGACACACGGGCGACCGAGAGGGCGAGUGUUACCUCCCCCCACCCGGCGGGCGGGGAGCCCAGCUCACACGCACAGCCUCCCCGCCGCUGCCCGCCCCCUUCCCUCGCAGGGACUCGCCUCCCUCCUGCAGCCCAGCUCAGCCAGCUCCGCGUCUACGCCGCCGCCUGCUCUGGCCGGGCCGGUCAGAGCCGGAGCAUGGAACCUGGAGAGCCCCAGGAGCCCCAGGAGCCCCGCGAGCCCGGGCCAGGAGCGGAGACCGCUGCGGCCCAGGUCUGGGAGGAAGCCAAGAUUUUCUACGACAACCUCGCGCCCAAGAAGAAACCCAAAUCGCCCAAGCCUCAGAAUGCAGUCACCAUCGCUGUGUCCUCCCGAGCCUUGUUUCGCAUGGACGAGGAGCAGCGGAUCUACACGGAGCAGGGCGUGGAGGAGUAUGUGCGCUACCAGCUGGAACAUGAGAACGAGCCCUUCAGUCCCGGGCCUGCCUUCCCGUUCGUGAAGGCUCUGGAGGCUGUGAACAGGCGGCUGCGGGAGCUGUACCCCGAUAGUGAGGACGUCUUCGACAUUGUCCUCAUGACCAACAACCAUGCUCAAGUGGGUGUCCGCCUCAUCAACAGUAUCAACCACUAUGACCUGUUCAUCGAGAGGUUCUGCAUGACAGGUGGGAACAGCCCCAUCUGCUAUCUCAAGGCCUAUCACACCAACCUCUACUUGUCAGCCGAUGCGGAAAAAGUGCGAGAAGCCAUUGAUGAAGGGAUCGCAGCUGCCACCAUCUUCAGCCCCAGCAGGGACGUGGUUGUGUCCCAGAGUCAGCUGCGCGUGGCCUUCGACGGGGACGCUGUGCUCUUCUCGGACGAGUCGGAGCGCAUUGUCAAGGCCCACGGGCUGGACCGAUUCUUCGAGCAUGAGAAGGCCCACGAGAACAAACCUCUGGCUCAGGGCCCCUUAAAGGGCUUUCUGGAGGCACUGGGUAGGUUGCAGAAGAAGUUCUACUCCAAAGGCCUACGGCUGGAGUGUCCAAUUCGUACCUACUUGGUGACAGCACGCAGCGCAGCCAGUUCUGGGGCCCGGGCUCUCAAGACCCUGCGCAGCUGGGGCCUGGAGACAGAUGAAGCCUUGUUCCUCGCUGGAGCGCCCAAGGGCCCCCUCCUAGAGAAGAUCCGCCCACACAUCUUCUUUGAUGACCAGAUGUUCCAUGUGGCUGGGGCUCAGGAGAUGGGCACCGUGGCCGCCCAUGUGCCUUAUGGCGUGGCACAGACACCCCGGCGGACUGCACCUGCAAAGCAGGCCCCAGCUGCACAGUAGCUGAACCACCAGCUUUACUGAUCCACAUUGCUCCAGGCUCCCUGAAAUACUUCGACACGUCCUCUGGUAGAUCCCUCUAGUUUCUCACUGUUCUGUGCUUCUGCCUGUCUGCCCGCAUCCCUAUGAGUGAUGUACUUGUAGGAAAUUAUGCAGACGGGACUGGCAUUCUCAACAUCCCUCCUUUAGGGCAAAUUCUGUGCCACGAUCCCGAGUAGGACAGUAGGAUUGUGCAGAGUCGCUGGAUUUCAGGGGGAAGUUAAUGGGUCUGAGAGAGGGAGGGUCAGAGAAGCCAGGAUUUCUCAAAAGGGACUUAGAAUGAAAACUAACUCAAUGUGGUGGAAAGAACACUGCUAUGGGAGAGAGUGGAUCUGGCUUCUAAGCUCUGUCCUGGAAUUAACUGCAUGACUUUGGGUAAUCCCUCCCCUUCAUGGGCCCCAGUUUCCCCAUCUUUUGGGCGGUUUUCAAGCUCCCUUUUAGCCAAAGAAGCUUGGUUCUUUAAGAUCGCCCUCUUAGAAGGAAGCGUUCUAUGUCAGUGCUGCUGCUGGUAUGUAUGGCACCUUUGUGCAAAUUACAAAAGGACACUGUCUAGGUGAAUGAAGAACAAAAAGACAGCCCCUCCUCUGGCCUGACCCAGUCGCAUGCUGGGGUACACAGCUUAGUUAGCAGGAUAGAGGCUGGAUUUCACUCCCCAUGUGUCCUUCAGCUCAGAGGCCUCUGUCAAAUGGACAAAAUGCAAAAUCGCCCCCAGUAACUCUAUCUAUAAUUUUACACAUUUUGAAACCACUGGACAAGAUGACCUACCUGCUCCUGUGAUUCUCUAACCUGAAUAGUCAUCAGGGCUCAGCCCAGGAAGCAAGGGGAGUGAAUCGAACAUGCAUACAAACUCUCCUCCAGCCAGCAGGGGGCACUGCAGGCUCUUCCUGGGGAGGAACUUUAGUAGCUACCUGCUCAGUGUUUCCUUUGCUCUUGCUUUGAGCCAAAGUUCAGUUGCUCCUGCCUGCCAAGACCCUCACUUCCACCACCCUCACUCCCCCAGCUAUUGCAUCUUGUUGAACAGCUCUGCUGGUGGGGAAUGGGGCAGAGCAUCAGUGUCUACUGUUGUGGCCCCAAUUCUCGGGGAGGAAAGUGCAGUGGAUGAGGUAGGCUGUUGUCCAGGCUGAGCCUCAGGGUGAGGUGCUGCCUGGGGUGAAGUGGGAGGUGUCAGGAGGUCUGGUGUGAGACAAAGGGUACUGACAAAGUGACGCCUGGAGAGGAAGGAGCUGAAAUGUGCACCAGCAAACUUCUCCAGCCAUGGGAUUGUGAGUGGAAGGCCAGUCAGAGCUGCCUUUGGAGGUAAUGAGCUCUCCAUCACUGGAUGCUGUGCAAGGGCUUCCAGGAUGAGAUGACCUCCCCAUGAAAUGCAUCAGCGGAUCCUCCAUAUCUGCAGGAGCCCCUGCGGCCCCUUCUUCACCACUUUCAGAGAACUCUCACCACUUGAUGAGUCAGCCUCCUCCUUUGCUGAGCAUCCCCGGCUCUCUCCAAAGGGAAGGUAGAAGCACCAAUGGCUGGUCCCCAGGAAGACGGAACGGGUGAGCAGACAUCUGUGUGUGGACUGAUUGCCAGGCUUCUAGGAGGAAUCCUAGUCAUGAGCAAGCACUGUGUAAAGAAAACCAGAAGUGUCAUGAGAGGGGCAGGAGCCUGGAGGUAUGGUGGCAGGAAAUAGGGGAGGAGAGCACCCUGGGGUUUUUGAUCUUUGACCUUCUGGGGACUCAACUCAGGGUCUGAAUGGGUUCUGUGCAGUGUGGGGCAGGGUAAGAGAUGCAGAAAGAUGUUCCAGGAAGGAGAACAAAGUGAGAGGGCAGAGGUGGUUCUCAAAAUGAGCAGUGAUCUGGGCCAGAAGGGCUGGGCUGGGCUUCUGCUGUCAUUGUCAGAGGUCUCCAUGAAGCUGGUCCCAGGGAGGAAUGGUAUGACUGUGUGGAGUGACUAGGACAGACACCCACAGUGACUGCUUUAUCAGGGGACACUGGCAUUAUUGCCCCUAGAAGGGCAUAUGAUGAUGUCUUUGCACGAGGUCAUUUCCACUGCACAGCCAGAAUCCUUCUGGCUAACAGAGGAGGCCUUGGGGGCAGAAGACCAGGGUUGUCUCUACUUCCAGAGCUCCAAGCCUAGACAGAGGUACUGUGAGGGCCAAGGACAACCUCAAGGAAACAAAAAAGAAGUGAAGGAGGGAGCUGAGCCCCUGAGUCACCUUCAUUCUUGGCUGAACUGCAGAAAGGCCCUCUCCUCACUCCCAGGGGUCAGAAUCACCCCCGUGGAAGAGCCUCCAAGGCUCACAGAACUAGUGACUGCAAGAAGCCUACAAGGCCGGGCACAGCCCAGGCUCACAGCAUGGCAACAGGCUGCCUGACCAGAGUGGACCUGUGCGCUGGAGGCAGCACCACAUGUCACCUAAUUAAGAUAAACUGCAGGGAUUCUGGGACCUGUGUGGUCUUGCCCCCAGGGCCUGGUGAUGAACACCACUGAUGAUUCCAUGUCUCUCAGGAAGCAGGAAAAUAUGGUGCUGGAAGCAGAAAGAUAAGGUGCAGCAAAAGCCAUGGAUUUCACUGGAGCCAUCAUUAAUAGACACAGACAGCCCUGGGCAAUGGAGAAAACACUAAGAGUCUAAAUUCUAUUAUUGAAAUCACAAACGAGCAUCUCAGGCCUGGAAAAAAAGCUUUCAGUCGCUGGAAUAAAAAUCUGGGGUGGCAGUCUCAGGCAGCAGUUACACGGACCUUCUGAUUGUCUUAGAGGUGAGGAGGUGCCCAGGGAUGAGGAACACUGAGUGUCAUGUCACCAGGAAAUUAAAAAGCCAGGUGAGCACCAAAGUCCCAGGCCUAACCAGGGAAUGCAGCACUGAGGCGGAGCAGCCACGGCUUCUGAAACACUGGACCCCUUUAGCUGAGAGCACCACUUCCCCAACAAGCCCUGCAGAACACUGGUUCCAGGAGAUGCCUGCCAGCAAAAUCCCAGAGCCAAUGGGACUGCUGCUUAGCUGAAAACUGGAGGCCCUGUUAUGAAGCACUGAGACUGCUCAGCCAGUUGCAAAACAUCCCCCUCUUCCAUCUGAGAGCCCAAUCAGAGUAGUGGGGAUAUAUCAGAAUAUGCCAGAAAAAAACAGAAGCUAGCAAGAAGUUCAAAGCCAAGAUGGAUUUGGCAUUAUAAUGACACUCAAUUUGUGUGCACCAGUACCGCCAAACUGAUGACUAAAAUCUUGAAAUACCUCCAUACCAGUUGGUAAAUAAUGCUGCGCUGAGUCCCCUGAAUGUCUCUUCGUGGUCUCAGCUGACCCUUCCACUGUGAACGCUCCCUUUUCCCACAAUGCAGCCUCCAGGAGGCCGCAGUGGCACUAUGGCUAGUGUCUACUCUGUUUUGUGGUGUCCUGGCCAUGCUGGUUUAGGGAGGUAAAGUAACUUGCCCAAAGCCAUAGAGCUAGUAAGUGGCAGUGCUGGGACUCAAACUCAUGUCCAUCUGAUGCUAGGACCCAGGUUUUCAACCAUUUUGUCAUACUGCUCAUACAUAUGCAUGGAGAUAGCCAGAGAAGCUCCAUUCUGAGGUCUUCACUAAAGGAGUUUACUUACCCAACAGUUAGCAUGUUGAUUUCCUGCAUGGUGAAAUGCUGGAAUACAUUUGAGUGGGUGCUUUUAUUAUAACUUCCUAAACAGCUAAAAAUAAUUUAAAUUAGAGCCAAACAUUUGCAAACACCUGGAAGCACUUUCAAACAAUCCCAAGUUCUGAGAAACCCAGUGUGAAGCCCCCUGUUUCGGGCUAAUGCAGAGUUUGGCAAACUCUGGGCCCAUGGGCCAGAUCUGACCCAUCACCUGUUUUUGUAAAGAAACUCUGAUUGGGGCCAGGCGUGGUGGCUCACGCCUGUAAUCCCAGCACUUUGGGAGGCUGAGGCGGGUGGAUCACAAGUUCAAGAGAUCGAGACCAUCCUGCCCAACAUGAUGAAACCCCAUCUCUACUAAAAAUACAAAAAUUAGCUGGGUGUGGUGGCGCAUGCCGGUAGUCCCAGCUACUCAGGAGGCUGAGGCAGGAGAAUCGCUUGAACCCGGGAGGCAGAGGUUGCAGUGAACCGAGAUCACGCCGCUGCACUCCAGCCUAGCAACAGAGUGAGACUCCAUCUAAAAAGAAAAGAAAAGAAAAGAAAAAGAUAAAGAAAAGAAACUGAUUAGAACACAGCCAUGCCCAUUUGUUUACCUAUGUUUAUGACUGAUUUUUCACUGCUACAGCAGAGUUGAAUUGUUGCAACAGAGACUGCAAGCUAAAAAUAUUUACUAUCUGGCCCUUUACAGAAAAAUGGGCAGACCUCUGGGCUAAGGCAGACAGCCUGGCUGACGCCUCAGUGGGACGAGCCAGGUCACAUCCACCUAUGCAUCUGUGGGCGGAGGUUGGCUCCACUGCCAAGGGGAAGGGACAUGGGGGUUCCAUGCCCAUCUGAAGAUUCCAAGUUUUGACUAUUUUCAAGCGACCCAUGGUUCAUGAUAAUGUGCAGUUUUGUCGAUGCACGGAUUUGACUUGGGUGUGCUCUCCCAAGCUGAUGAGUGAGAGGGCAGGAGCAGGGCCCUUGGCUGGGGAUGAGCCCAGCUGGCUGUCCAGCAUGGCUUUGUAUUCCCAACUCAUUUCCUCAUGAGGCCUCUUAGGCAAUGAUGAGCCUGGUAGGUGGAUGGGCAUUAUUAGCUAAACAUGAGUUUUGGAUAGCUUGAAGUGCUCAGUGUUGAUGUCAGAGGCUCCGGGCCAACAAGGUCAUCCAUGUACUUUCUGUGAAAGCAAGAACAAGUCUGUCGUGAAGAGGGUCCCAUGAGGACUUCAGCUGGUUCAGAAGUUACUGAUCAUGGGCGAGAGAAAACUCCUGUAACAGCUGGAGCGGCAGUUUAUUGUGGCUUGAAGGCAUGUGAGCAAUAAACACAAAUACCCCUCAUAAUGGAAUUGUGGAUCAGGAGAAUUCUAGGACCCUGCAAGUUAAGAGAUUUACCAGGCUUCCGGGAUCCACAGCAAGAACGGAGAGUAUGGAAGAUGCCCCAUCUACAGCCAUCAUUGCUGUCGCUAUGCCAUCAUGAUACUCUUCUCCACCAAGCCCAGACUGGGUCUCAGAAUCUUUCCGUAUCCAGCAUUCCAGGCAGCCAUUACCAGUGGGCUGGAGCUGGUGUGAACGAUGAAACCUAUUUUGCCAUCCCUAUUGGCGUUGGGUUUUGCUAUCCAGGAGGCAUACAAGGUCCGGAAUGUUCAUCCUCUGAGGAUAUGACACAACUCUGAGGAUGUCAGAGUCUCACCUGACUCGGGUAGAACGCAAGGAGGUGGAUGAAUAGUAUGGUGUGGCUGGCAGCUUCGCGGGCCAUGGGUUUUAUCCAGUCUUAAAGCAAAACACAAAACCACCUCCUUUCUGCCAGUAGGUGGCACUGCAGGCCGGCACACAGCUGCUGGCAGUAGUCAAAUGAUUCUACCCACUGAUUUACUUUUCUCUCCUUGUGACUUAGUGCAGUGCUGGACUCUCCCCACCGUUCGCUCCAGCCAGCCAAAAACGACUUCAGGUGCUGUGGAAAUGUUUGCUAAACACGCUCGAGUGACAGCCGAUUGCUCUUGCCGACAAUUACUGUGAUUGUGUGUAUGUAUGCACACAUAUAAGUUUGUGCAACGGGAUAAAAAUCGUACACGUACAUGUAUUUAUGUGGGUGUGUGUAAUGGGCCAGAUAUCUCAGCCAACGACUGUGUGUGUGUGUGUGUACUCACUAUGUGUACAGAUGGUUAUCUCUGUUAACUGAGUGUCCUGGGACCCACAUACUGAUGGCCAGCCCUAGAAUAGCUGUACCCAUUUCCUUCAUAACAUGGGUAUUUGCAUAUGUGCAGCUUGGGGGCCAUUGAGACCAGCCCCCAACCUCUGGCCAAGAAAAUCUUGGCUCCUAACCCUCUGCCUCCUACCCCUACUCCUGAGCCUUGGGAAGGAAGUGGUCGAAUCUGUGUAAGGACAACCCUUUUGACUACACCUGCCUCAUCAUCUCCAUUUGUUUCUUCCCUCCCCCUAACAGUGCCAAGGCCAACAUGUCCAGUUGGGCAGAUUAUGCACUGCAAAAAUCUAGAGGGCGCCAUUGGUACUGUGACAUGGGUGGUACCUCUUAGACACCUGCACAACCUGCCAACUGUAUACAGAUGCCCUGGUCAUCUCAUGGCCAUGGCUAGGAAAGUUGCCUUCCUUCCCCCCCAAGCCCUGCCCAACCUAGACAAAGAUUUCUGCCUCUGCUUGAGUGUUCUAAUGUGGCCCAGAAGUGACUUACCAUUGACCUUGAUUGGGAAGUAUCUCCCUGAUGGGCCAUCCCCUAGAGGCCUUUGGAAUUCCAUUUAUAAAAGUGAAAUGUGUCUGGGAACUUUGCAGUUACUCAUCUUUGCAAAGUGAAAGCCUCUGUAAGGCAAACCAAAGCUGUGAAGACUGGGGUCACUGACUCCCACACUCCUGGCCUGUGGGUGAAUAUAUGCCUUCAUGGCCAUCUGCCACGGAAUUAGGUAAAGGCCUCAAGGCUAGUCUUGUAGCUACCUGCCGCAAAGAAGCCACCAAGAAAAUCACUGAGGUCACCCUAGACUGGAUGCCUGGGCCGGGGUCACAAACCCCAAUGCCUACAGAGGCCAAGCAGGAAACAUAAAUGAGUGGAGAGGAUUAAGCCAGGUCUUCAGUGAGAAUGGAGAACGCUGUGGUCUGCCAUGGUUGCUGCCACGUGGGAAUGUGGCCUGAGAUUGCCAGAUAGUCCACCCCAUUUUUGAAGAGAAGCUGGGAAUAUGGUCGUUUAAAUGCUGACAACUAUUUUGAAUUUAGAAAACACCAUCCGGGCCAAAUAAAACAUAUUCUGUAGGCAAGAUCAGGCCCUCGGAUCUCCAGUUUGCUUCCGCUGGCCCAGGCCCAGAGACUUGGGUUUUUAAGACCCAAGUCACUGAGAGUCUGAGGAUAUUACACUCAGAUUCUCACUGUUGGAUCUUUAAGAGACCUCAGAGAUGAUCUAGUUCAGCCUUUGUGUGUUCAAAACUGCAUAUGUACAAAGUUUUUUUUUUUUUUUUUUUUUUUUUUGAGACGGAGUCUUGCUCUGUCGCUCAGGCUGGAGUGCAGUGGCACAAUCCUGGCUCACUGCAACCUGCGCCUUCUGGGGUCAAGCAAUUCUCCUGCCUCAGCUUCCCGAGUAGCUGGGAGUACAGGUGCCCGCCAUCACGCCCAGCUAAUUUUUUGUAUUUUUAGUAGAGAUGGGGUUUCACCAUAUUGGCCAGGCUGGUCUUGAACUCCUGACCUCAGGUGAUCCGCCAGCCUCUGCCUCCCAAAGUGCUGGGAUCACAGGCGUGAGCCACCACACCUGGCCUACAAACUUCCUUAUUAAAGUAAUAGCGCAUAUAUACUUAGUUUCUGGUUUCUACUUGAGAGCAUGUCAGUAACCUCCAAUAUAGAACACGAUGAAAAAUGAAACUGUACGCAUAGUGUUGCUUGUAUCUACCUGUCAGAAGCCCUUUGCUUUGAUAGCAUUUGCUGCCUCAGUCUUCCUCAUCACCCAACCUCUCCAGGUUGUUUGUUAUGAUAAACCUAAGUGCCUCCGUAAAUGGUUAGAGCAUGUGUUUCUUCAUCUUUGUAACUCCCCUCGUCUGGGGAUAAGACUGCUUGUACUUCUUCCAGCUUUGCCCUCUUUGGCCUGCUAGUAGCACACCCCAUCGAUCCAGACCUGUCUGGCUCUUUGUAGCAUUUACCUGGUCACAUGAUAAAGGGUGCUGAGUGCUUGUCAGUGUGGGUCCCUGUCACUUCUCAUGCAUAUCCUAUAUCUUAAUUUUACCACAUGUGCUUCUGCUUCUUAAAAGCCAUUCAAAUAAAUGGAGAGCGUUUUAAUUAA